CCACCAAAACAAACACACACACACACACACACACACACACACACACACACACACAUACAUACAUAUACACACACACACAGAGAGAGCAGCUAAUGUCAGGGAGAGCUAUCUGUAGCUGUUAGAUAUCUAACACAGUCAGUCUGCUGUUUCACCAUGCUACUGAAGUCAUGUUGUAUUUACAGCAUCGGGGUUUGUUCUUUACUGACGCUGAUCCUCGGUAUUUCUCUGGUUUUGUCUAACGUGUUUCCACAUUUCAUACAGUCGCUGGUUAAAAAGGAAGUAGUUCUGAAGAAUGGCACCGAGGCGUUUGAGGCCUGGGAGAAUCCACCGGCCCCUAUUUACAUGCAGUUUUACUUCUUUAAUGUGACCAAUCCCCUGGAGGUGCUGGAUGGAGAUAGGCCUGCUGUGGUGGAGAUUGGACCGUAUACAUACAGAGAGUACCGGCCUAUGGAGCAAGUGGACUUCCAGGAUAAUGGUACAAAGGUAACAGCUGUCAACACUAAGACGUACAUAUUCCAGCGGAACAUGUCCCGAGGUCCAGAGAGUGACCUCAUCAGGACGGUCAACAUCCCUGCUGUGACUGUGAUGGAGCGAUUCAAGGACCAUUCCAUUAUGGCCAAUCUGAUCUCUUCCUACAUGAAGUCCACAGGUGAAGGCUUGUUCACCACCCACACAGUGGGAGAGCUGCUGUGGGGAUAUGAAGACAGUCUGCUCAAAGCCCUCAAACUUGUACAACCUGACCUGGAUGAUGUUUUCGGACUCUUCUAUAAGAACAAUGCUUCCAACGAUGGUGAAUACGUGUUCUUCACCGGCCAGCAAAACUACAAAGACUUUGCUAGAGUGGAUACAUGGAACGGUGAGAGCUCGCUGAGUUGGUGGACAUCUGAUGAGUGCAAUAUGAUCAAUGGAACCAACGGAGCGUCUUUCCAUCCAGUCAUCACCAAGAAUGAGACACUCUACAUGUUCUCCUCUGACCUGUGCAGGUCUCUGUAUGCUCUGUACGAGGAGGAUGUGACCGUGAAGGGGAUCCCUGGGUAUCGCUUCAGUCCCCCUAGCAUGGUGUUUGCCAAUGUGACCGUGAACCCAGCCAAUGCAGGCUUCUGUGUCCCUGCUGAAAAUUGCCUGGGCUCUGGGGUGCUGAAUGUCAGCCCAUGUAAACAAGGAGCUCCGAUCAUUAUGUCCUCACCACACUUCUACCAGGCAGAUGAGAAAUUCGUUCAGGAUGUAUUUGGCAUGAAGCCUAUAAAGGAGCAGCACCAGACUGUGAUUGAUAUCAAUCCGCUAACAGGAAUAAUCCUGCAAGCAGCAAAGCGACUCCAGGUCAACGUCAAUGUGGAGAAAAUUCCCACCUUCAGUCAAACAGGAAACGUGAGGACAGUGGUCUUCCCUGUGGUUUAUCUCAAUGAGAGCGUCGUCAUUGACGACGCCUCAGUCCUGAAGCUGCACGCGAUUGUUGUCAAGCAGAAUGUCGUGGUGAACAUCCCGUUCAUGCUGAUUGGUGUCGGCAUCAUUCUGGGAGGAAUCUUCAUGUUCCUAAUGUGUCGACAAAAGAUUCCCGAGAGCACUUCUGCUGAGCGACAGCCCCUGCUCUCAUCAUAGCACCGAACAGGAUGUGAAAGGAGGAGGAUUGCCACAUACGCAGUAUCAUUCAACAGUUCAUGGUUCAGUCCAUCAGCAGUUUUUACCGUUAACCUAACCUGUAUUGCACCUUUUAAUCUGUUUUUUUUUUUUUUUUUAAGCGAAUGGUAAUCUAAAGGCAACAAAGUGAAGUGGAGUGAGUUGUUUGUUACUGGAUUGGUUUUAAUGUCUUCCUUUCAGGUCAGUUGUAAUGAUGCUAAAGAUCCCUGUUUUUUUUUUUUUAAAUUGAGUGUAUUUCUCUUUUAACUUCUAAAUAUGGGAUUUUUGAUUCAAACAACGUGAAUUGAGUAAUUUAAUAUCUACCAAAUCUAAUUUGAAUUGUCUGGAGAGUCAGCUCUGAACUAAUCAAACCUCAAAGAAUUCAAAUGAAAAUUUUUAACUUUAAAGCCCGUAUUUUUGUGUGAAAUCGAUGUGUGUGUGUGUGUCAAUAAGACAAAUGGCUACACAGCAGGAAUACUUACGAAGAAAGAAUACUGUCAACAACAUCCAGCUGUUUUACUAGCAAACUACCAGCAAAGUGAAUAACAAAGUCAAGCUUGCACUUCCAUAAGUUUAUCUUAAUGUAUGAAUUUUUCUUCCUAAAACGUAUUGUUCCAAGAAAAGGGUUGUCAUUUUGA